AUGAACUCCUUUCUUCUCAAAAAAUCAAAGAUCAAAACCGAGCCUCAAUUUGCUGUGUUGCCGACUGUCACGCCAGAAGCUUGAAGCCGUUGCCGGAGUGGAACACCCAAAGCACCCUCCCACCUCUGACAGCCGUGUCGCCGGCCGAUGAGCGGCAACGCCGACGCCUGAAGCCAUGAUAACAAGGUUUAGGGUUUGAUCUGGGGCACCGACUCUCGGAGUCUAUAAAAGGGCUGGUGUUGCAAGUUUCUUGUUCCACCUCUUUUCAUCCUUCACGCAGCGGCGAAACCGGAGAGUGCUUAUGGCAAGUGAAGGUGUGGCAAGUGACUGAAGACAUGAAGCUAGGGCAAAGUGGAAUGAAAUUCACAAGGCUCACCUACUAAAGUUAUUAGGUAAGUAUAAUACUCCUACGUACCGUUCACAAAAUGGAUGGACCAAAGAAGCAUGGAACAAGAUGGUACGUGACAUGACAAGUUUUCCAAUCCAAGCAUCACCAUAAGCCAAGUCAAAGCAUUAGAGCAAGAGUUGAAAAAAACUUACAAGCUUCUAAAAGGGUUUUCUGAAUUAAGUGGGUUCGGAUGGGAUUAUGAAAGACAUAUUGUGCCCGCUCCUGAUGAUGUUUGGGCACCACUACUAGAGAGGAAUAGAGAUGCAAGGAAGUGGCAUACUAGACCGUUUCCAUAUUUUAUGGCAUUACAUGAGGUUUAUGAGGGGAGAUAUGCUGAAGGCAAACGAUCUCGUGGUAUAGAAGAUUAUGAAGAUAUCUCCCAAUCACCAGUGCACACCCCAACUCCAAGUGUUUUUACUCCAAAUGAUUCAAGGCAACAAUCACCUACACACGAGACUGAGGAUGAUGAUAUCAUGCAAGUGGAACCGCCUAGUUCUCAACCAUGGAAUCCUCACACUCAAAGUUCAAGCAAUGAAAUUCUACGGGAACUAAGAGAUCAAGAUGGACACAGAAGAAAAAGGGAGCGAAAAGGGAAAAAGCUGCAAGAUUCAUCAUUCAAUAUGGAUAAAUACAUUGCAAUUCGAGAGUGCGAGAACAAAGAAUAUCUUGAAGUUCUCAAGGGCACUCAAGUAGUGGAAAAACACACAAUAGAAGAUUGCAUGAAGGUGUUUAAUGAAAUGAGUGGCAUUUUCACUGAAGAAGAAAUGUUCAAAGCUACCCAAAUUUUCAUUAAAGAUAAGAGUUAUCGUGAACUCUUCUUAUGUCUUCAGGAAAAUCAUAAAGUGCCAUGGCUCAAAACGAUGUUCUCUAAAAUUGAGUAGAAGAUGAUUAUGAACUUGUUAUCCUAAACUUGAAUGUUUUCAUAAGCACAAUUUUUUUCCCAUGAACUUGUUUUGAUUAUGAACAUGUAAUCUUGAACUUGUUAAAGUUGUUAUGGGGA